AUGGCGGCUACACUGUUUCUUGGCCAGGUUCUGAAAGGCCAAAGAGGGCUUUACACUGUCAUGAAACAACUGCAGGAUUGUGUCUGGCUUGCUAUGAAUGAACAUCAGGAGAAAGUUAUUGCGAAGAGUGUCCGACACUUCAGAUUACAGAAUGAACAGGAUAUUUUACUUCAUUUCCAAGACCAGACGCCCUGUAUUCGCCCUCUAAUCGAAGAAUUUAGGGACUCCACUGUUCCUCCUACCCUCAUAUUAAGAUACCUGGAUGAUGAUGCUCUUCGUGCAUCGAACAAGCAGCGUCUUACUUGUCUAGAGGUGAAGUAUGUUGCAAAAAAUGUGCUGGAAGCACUUUCAGUGCUGCAUGAUAAGGGAUUUGUACAUACUGAUAUCAAACCAAGCAAUGUGUUAGUGAACUAUGGUCACAGUGAUGUCCAUUUUACAGAAGUCCAAUUAGCAGAUUUUGGAAGCACAGUUCACAUGGAGUCUCUUUAUGCACAACAUGGCGACCCUAUUGGCACGCCUAUCUUUAGAAGCCCUGAAGCUCACCUUCAAAUGACAUGGGGUACUGCAACAGACAUUUGGUCUUUUAAUGGGUUCCACAUCUUUAAGCCGGAUGUUCCUGCAGAUCAUGAUGCGUACGAUGUCAUGAUUCUCAUGAAGCAUCAUAGAUGCUUUGGGCCAUUUCUGGAAUCAUAUGAACAGAUUGCGGACCGGCAGCGACCGGCAGUCCUUAUUUGGAUCAUGCAAAACAGCCCUCCUGAGACACUGCGACCAUUUCAUCUCACCAGUACCCAAGAGAUCUGUCAGGAAGAUAAGGAAUUUGUACUAAGAGCAAUGAAGCUUGAUCCUCGGGAUAGACCGUCAGCACGGCAGCUCUUGGAAGAUGAAUGGUUUCAUCACUCUUGA